AUGUCUGACCAGGCAGUCCAGCCCACCCGCCGAAACCUUCGGAGUCAAGGCGAUGCACCCUUGCAAGGUUCCGCCCCCGCCGACCAUAGCUCAUCUCCGCUAACUCCCCUUCUUCCUUCCGAACCACAUGUUCCAACCUCGCCCGUUGUCGAUGGAGCUGCUCCCCACAGCCUCCAGUCCGAAGUCGACAACGGUACGAGUCAGUCGGACCCGCCUCUUUCCGUUGACCAUACCCCGCAGACCGCUCCCCACGAUCUCGUCCACGGCACCCACUCCUCCGCGCCCACGGUUGACUUCCUUAUGCAACAAAACCGUUUCUUGAUGUCUUCGAUGGCCGACAUGCGCGACGAGAUGCGAUCUCUUCAUCUCAGCCAGUCACGCGAGGCCACCCCAGUGUCCCCUCCCCCGCGUCGCCCCCAUGCCCCCAAGCUAAAGCACGAGAUGUUCCCAAAGUUCCGCGGCCACGACGACGAAGACGUCGACACCUGGGUUACCUCUGUUACUGCCAUCUUCGAGUUCUCCGGCACUGCCGACACAGAUUUGCUCCUCCUCCUGCCCGCCCUUCUCCAAGGUUCCGCGCAGUGA